AUGGCCACUGAGACGCGCAGUCACGACGGAUGCUGGACAUGUCGUUUGAGGAAGAAGAAGUGCGACGAGAAGCGACCGAUCUGCACGGAAUGCAUGUGCGUGGGCCUUGAGUGCCAUGGUUUUGGUGAGAAACCAGCCUGGAUGGACCGAGGUGCCCGGCAAAAGGCACAAGCGGCCAAAAUGAAGCAGAAAGUGGCCCAGGCCACCAGAAACCGCAGAGUGAACCAGUUCCGAGAGCAGCACGAAUCGUCAGCGAAGUUCCUGCAAAACAAGCCUGUCGCCAACAGCACCAGCACCCAGGCGUGCAUUCCGGUGUCCGAGCCCGUCGUGCAGCAGCAGCCCUUCGCCGAUCCGUUUGAGCCCACGUCCUAUGCGAGAGAUGACAUGGCCACUGUCAUGGACCACCUGCCCAUGAUUGAUCAUACUACUGCCGGGUUUCAGGCUUCUCUUGACGAGAUGACCUUCCUAUCGGAUUCGAACUUCGACCUGCCCGAAAUCGAUACCAUCGCCACGGACGACAUACGUCUACCGAUUAAUCCACCGAUACUAUGCGCCCCUGAGGGCCUCCGGGAUAGCUAUUCAGUACCCAAGUUUCAGUCCAAUCUAGGCCUCUCACCAUCUGGUGCCACUUCGAUGCUAUCGAUCACUAACGUGGACGACGCCAUUUUGUUGGCGCACUACCUGAACCAAGUCUUCCCCUGGCAAUUUCGAUUCUGCUCGUUGUCCCUGAGUGAAUUUAACCAGGGAUACUUCAUCUGGCUCAUGUCUAAAUCCCGGCCGCUAUAUUUAGCGUCUUUGGCUCUAAGCAGCUCCUAUAGAGGCCUGCAGAAGAGCGUAGACGAGUCCCCCGCCCACCAAAAGUUCGAAGAACAUAUGGAACGAUACGACCUGGCGACAGAGGAACUUCAGCGUAACUUGAAAGAGCACAAAUCAACGGACGACGUGUCUAUGCUGGCUUGUAUUGUUUCGUUCAUUUGUUCGAGCCAGUUUCUUCAUGCGGGCAAAAUUGAUUGGAAUAUGCAUCUGCAGGCGGGCACAUCGAUUAUUGCCCCCUGGAUUAGCCAGCAGGUCGAGACGAAGCAAGGGGUGCCCAAAACGCCCGAAGAGUCUUCGCGAGACUUCUUCAUCGGCUCCAUUGUCCGCUUCGACAUUCUUUCGGCCAUCACCAAGGAUGCCACUCCAGGCUUGUGCGACAAGUAUAGAAACUUGCUCAAAUCAGGACACCCCAUUAUCAAGCUCGAGACCGUCUGUGGGUGCCAGAACUGGGUAUUUGAUCUCCUGCUGGACGUGUAUUUACUUCGAGAUUGGAAGAAGACCACGAGAGCCGCCGGGCUUCUUAGUCUCUGGGAGUUAACGGCUCGGGCAAACGCAAUCAAAACCGACCUAGAACGAAGGAUUACCGGUAACUUGAUUCUCAUGAACCAGUUCAAGCAGGAUCUAGAGGUGCGGCACGACGAUAACAUGCAAUCGCGGUACUCGAAAUAUCACAUCUGCGUCGUCACUCACGCAUUUGCCUGCUCAGUCUCGGUCUUGCUGGAGGUGAUCGUGUCUGGAGCGUACCCGCAGAUGCCGGAGAUCAAGCAGAAAGUGGGACGUUCCGUCGAGUCUUUCGCGUACGUCGACGAUCCCGACCUACUGGAGGUGUUGUGCUGGCCCUUAUUUGUGGUCGGGUGUGUGACUGAGGCCGACCAGUAUGACUUUUUCCGGCGUUUGCUCUCAUCCUCGCAAGUGCCUCGGUCGGAGAGCCUCUAUGGGAUCUUUAAUCAUCUAGAAAAGUGUUGGAAGCUGCGUGAAUGUGGUGAAGUUGUGGCUGACAACUUCGAAUUUUCUCUCUUCCGGACGUCCAAGUCCGGGGAUGUUUUGAUUGCCUAA